CUCCAUUCCGUGUCAGGCGAAACAAUCUGGCCUUCACUUCACAAUCUCUCCCAUCUCUCAACACCCGUCGAACCCUCCACAGAUCCUUUCACGGUGCCUAAUCAACUGCAUCGCCCGUGAAUAGGCUUUCCUUCUGCGACAUGUAUCAAAAGCGUUGCUAAUUCGUUGUACAUUUUUCGUCGUUUCCUUCGAAGCCGCAAUGGACACAGCCACCCUUGACGAAGCAGGCUCUUCAGAGCCGAGAGAAUUUAUGCAAUCAGGUCACUGGCUCCCAGCCCUGCGCCCAGACACCAUCGACGAGUUCAAAGACGAAUCGAAAGCCCCAGAGCAAUCGAGCGGAAACGUCGAUUCGGAUCUCUUUGCAAGCACGUCGAUGACGGUGAUUCCUCCAACUCCUAUUUCACGACAGAAUGGGGAUGUCGGUUUUUCGACAGAAGAUACAUUCACAGAGUCGACCAUUCAAGAUAAGCCUGUAACGGGUGUAACGGGCGCAGCCAUGGCUAACGGGCAUGGAACGCAUGCAACAUGGACCUCUCAACCCGCAGGCGGAGGUCUUGGGAGCGAUGAAUUGCCGUCUGAUGACGACAAUGAAAGACUAGAUCCUGCUUGGGGAAUCAAGCGUCUCGACAGCGCUCAUAUUCUUGACCAAGUUCAUCGCUCCACAACAUUUCCCGAGUUUGUUUCGCCCGCGACCGCAACAGAAGAACCCGUCACCGACCUGACGCAGAAUGGGAUUGACUUUGAGACUGUCAACGGCACUACAGAAGCUGGUCAGGCAACGCGACAAGAAAGCGCCGCUACGGAGCCCCAGAGUCUGUCUUGGAUGAAUGACAAUCAUGAUGGGACUCGCGAUCCUCAGUCCUGGACAAUCCCACCACAGGGAGAGGCGGUUGAUGAGGAGGCUAUGCGCUACGAAGAGGGCGUACCACUUAUCCAAGCGGAUGAAACGAGCCCAGCUGAUCGGGUGGCUCCGGAGGAGCGAUCACGACAAAAUCCCUUUGAAGCGGCGCAAGACGACGAAGAAUCCACCUUCUUUUCGAACAUCAACGGGGCUUCAGCUGAUACUUUACAAACCCCUUCCCUUGACAGGAAGUCCACAGCACAGGUUCUGGACUCGCUGGACCUACCCGAUGACCAUGCACAAGAGUCUCCACCGAUUCCAGUAGCAGCCGAAACCUCUUUCUUCGACGACCUCGCCGUCGGGGCAGCGUCUAAUGAGGACAAUAAGUUGCCCGUCAUCCCAGAGACGGAAGAUGUUGACGCUAUGUGGGCAGCAGCCCUUGGUGACGAAGAAUUUUUAGUGGAAGAUGCCGACGACCUACUUCCUGAUUCCGAGCCGGGUUCGCCGUCCUCUUUCAUUGCCUCUUUACAAGAGUCGUCAACGAUUCCUAACAUACCCGCCACACAACCAACGCCGUACACCGUUUCCCAACAACAGCUCCCAGCGCAAAGGCAGAGCUCUGCCAACCCGUACGCACCUCAUCAACCGUCUACUUCUGAUAUGCUCCAGCUAUCUCCUGAGGCCCCUACCACACAUAACACUGUUGGAUUGCCACGUCCUGAACUGGCUCCAAUGGGUUCUUUCCAAGCCCACUUACAACAGGAACCACAGUCUCAGAAUGUAAAGAGCUAUGUUGAUCAGGCAAGAGACGGAUACAAAUCUCCGUAUGAUUUGCCCCUGGAGCUGAGCAAAUCAAGGAAAAGAGCCCAUGUUCCUCAGCCCGUCCAGACAACAAGGUCUGUUGCGCCGCCACCGAGGAGUAGCAGUCUGUCUGAAAAGCCCCUACAAUCACCUUUCCAUCCGAACAUGCCGCCGGGGUCAGGAUCUGGUGUUGUGCCACCCCCAGCUCCGUCUCCCGCCAUGCCGCCACGAAGCGUGUCCGCCUUUACACCUAGCAAGACUGAGACACCGACGUCUGGUUCUUCUUCAAGCUUCUUUGAAGAGUUGCCGUUGGCAUCAAGGCCACGACAUACCGGCCGCCACACUCCGCAACAUAGCGUAGUUGCUCCUCCGCCGCCAUUGCCGGCUCAAAGCCCACCCAUCGCUCCUCCUCCGCCUCCUCAACAGCAAACUUCACCCCCUGGUCCCUCUGAUCCAUAUUCUCAGUAUCAGCUGCGGCCUCCCGAGCGCUUGGAUCCUUAUGCAAAUGUCCCGCUACAGCCUCCUCCUGUACCAGCAGCUACAACUGCCAGGUAUUCGCCAGCUCCCGUCACAUCAACCCUAGGUCCUCGGCCAGGGCCUUCUCCUCGAUAUUCUCCAGCGCCUCCCCCACAAACUGCAACUGCAACUGCGGCAAGGUAUGCUGCGCAGCCGACGCCACCUCCUGCUCCACAUCAAAGCACGGCAGCAAUGCCAAAUAAGCCCUCAUCACAACAUCCACAUGCCACGCCCGCGAUCCUGCCCUUCCAACCUCGGACUUCGAGUCCACUUGCAUAUCACAAAAGUUCAGUGGACGAAAAUGUCGACGGAACGCCAGCAUCAGUCAUGCAGAUUUCUCCCCCACCUGCACAUGCAAAUCAGUUCUCACCACCCGGUGCCACUGCGCCUUAUCCGAUAACUUCCCCUGAUCGAGGUGGCAUGGCGGACUCUCAUCAAGCAUCGGCGACCAGACGGCCCAAUGGCGAACAAUUGCCCCCUCCACGCCGGUCACAAACCCAGUCUCCAUCCAAACAGCGUCCCCAAGGAGCAUUUCCUGUUUAUUCAAGCGAUAUCAUCAACCGUCCAGCUUCUGCGUAUGGACAGCCGCUACCUAGUAGGACCGUGGCCCCACUAGAGCCUGUUCCACCCGCAAGGCCUAGUGUCCGAGCUCGGGGGCUGGCUCCGGAAACCGAGUUCGUACGACCUCAAGAUGACACGCAAUUUGAUCCUCUGGAGCGUUGGAAAGGUGCCCCCUUGUUCAGAUUUGGGUUUGGCGGUACCGUCAUUAGCACCUUUCCGAAGCUUGUGCCCAGAUAUGCGACAGGGGCGCCACGACCUCAGAUCAAGCCGACGGCUGGAGCAGUGUCUAUUCAUAACGCCAAAGAUAUGAUUCCGCUCGCGGAACUUUGGAACCAGUUUCCCGGCCCAUUGCGAUCCAAGUCGAAGAAGAAAGAUGUAUUGUCCUGGAUGACAAAUUACAUAAAUGGUAUGGAGGUGAAUCCGCCACACAUCGUCCAUGCUCCAUCUCAUGAUGAUCCUGCUACGCGGUAUCAUGAAAAGGUCUUGCUCUGGAAGAUCGUUCGUACCCUUGUGGAAUACGAUGGAUCUCUUGAUGGAUCUGCAUUGAAAGCAAUCAAUCUCCUGCUUUCUCCGGAGGUCCAUAACGUGGACCUGUCAAGUCCAAUCCAGUAUCGCGACGGUGAACAGGUUUCUGGUAUCUACAGACCUCCUGGUGCAAAUGUGCGUCCCGACUCGGUGGAUCCAAUGGCAGUUGAAACUUUGCGAAAGCGCUUGCUUGGUGGCGAUCGACAGGCGGCCGUGUUUCAUGCCAUGGAUAACCGCCUGUGGUCGCACGCUCUCAUCAUAGCCUCGACGAUGGACCGUUCAGUUUGGAGUCAAGUGGUGAGAGAGUUCGUGCGCCAAGAGGUGAAGACCACCGGCGAGAACACUGAAUCACUCUCUGCUCUGUACGAAAUCUUCGGGGGUAAUCUCGAAGAGAGCAUAGACGAGCUGGUUCCACCCUCUGCCCGUGCUGGGCUCCAAAUGGUGAGCAAAGUCGAUAUGGGUGGGCCGACAAAGAAUGCCCUUGAUGGUCUGAAUCGAUGGAAGGAAACUCUGAGUCUGGUGCUAAACAAUCGGUGUCAAGGCGACCAUCAAGCCUUGGCAGUCCUUGGAAGAUUGCUUGAGGAUUACAAUCGCAUUGAAGCGGCACAUAUUUGCUAUCUCUUCUCCAGGAACCCUCAGAGACCUGUUCUGUUUGGUGGGCUCGAUGAAGAACAUGCGGCUAUCGUCUUACUCGGCGCGAACCACAAAGCUCAGCCAUUCGACUUUGGCCGCGACCAAGAUGCUAUUUUGCUCACUGAAAUUUACGAGUUUGCAACGAGCAUUCUAGCAGCAGGAGCAUCCUUGUCAUUCAUGCCACAUCUUUCUGUUUUUAAGUUGCAACGAGCAGCAAACAUGGCGGAGUCCGGAAUGAGAUUGGAGGCACAAUCUUAUUGUGAUGCAAUCGCGUCGACAUUCAAAUCGAGCACAAAGAUGUCAGCAUACUAUCAUCCUCUAUUCCUGUCUGAGCUCGAUGACUUAUCAAAUCGGCUCAAACAGACGCCAAUUCAAGGGUCGUCAUCCUGGAUCGGAAAGCCAAGCCUAGAAAAAGUCGGAGGGUCUAUGUGGAACAAAUUCAGCAGUUUUGUUGCAGGUGAUGAUAGUGACGCCGAAUCCAAAGGUUCUGGAAAAGACGCAGUCGAUGCCGGUCCGUUCGCGAACAUAGCCGGCACGCCAUCAAUCAGCAGAACAGCGUCCCAGUCCGAUAUGCAUGGAUCUUACCCACAAUCUGUUCCUACAACAGUUGCUGGAUCCAGGUAUGCACCCAACGGCAUACAAUCAGCACGAUCCUCGGCAGAGCUUACUCGUGGACGACCAUCUCUGGAUUCUCAAAGAUCACCUCCAUCGACUUCUCACUCCCAGAACAAUCAUCAAUUCGAACCAAUGAACAUGUUUCAGCAUAUACAAGCAUCGCCUGUUGCAAAUCCUUAUCAAGCUUUCGCCACAGCAUCCCCCCCGACCUCCUUCCCGCAGAGCCCUCCGAGGUCCUCCUACAUGCCGAAUACCAGUGCACAAUCAGCGGCUGCAAACAUGACUCCAAUGCGCCCCAACACAUAUGCGCCAACUCCUCCCGCUGAAGAUGUCAUCCGACAAUCAUAUGGAUAUACUCCCGAGCCGGCUGCGGUAUCCCAGAUCCCCGAAGAACCAGCAUCUUAUAGUGGCUAUGAACCCCCUCAACCCGGAGAUUCCGAGACGCCCCAACGGGAUGAUGGUGGCGGUAUGGGCUUCGAAGCGCCCUCACAGUCUUAUGGCUACGAGCCUCCUACUGGCACCGGCUAUGUCCCCUACGUUCCGGAACCCGACUCGCCAGACGAAGCACCCAACGAGGUAAGAUCUAAGAAAAAAUCAUUCAUGGACGACGACGACGACGACUUCCCUCGCAUAUCACACCAGCCGCAGGAUACUGAGUCGAAGUCUUCACUGGAGGAUGAGACAGCACGCAAACGUGCGAAUGACGCUGCAGCAGAAGCCGCCUUCCGUGCUGCAGCCGAAGCAGACGCUGCUCGCGAAAAGGAGAAGAAAGAAUCAAAAAGAUCCUCGUCGUGGUUCGGUGGAUGGCUGGGAGGAAAGAAGACCGAAAGCUUGGAUGACGCUCCCAGCAAGGGGGCCGACCAAAAAGUUUACAGGGCCAAUCUAGGUGAAUCGAAGAUGAAACUGUAUUACGACAAAGAACUUGGGAAAUGGGUGAAUCCUGACAAUCCGGACGCGGCAAAGAAGACGGCAACCCCUCCACCUCCAAGGAUGGGUGGCACGCCUGCGCCUCCUAUGAGCUCUGGGGGCCCUCCGAGGCCGCCAAUGGCAUCUACACCUCCUACCUCGCAUCCUAAUACUCCAGGCCUAGGGAUGGGGCCGCCGUCAGCACCCUCGAGUCGCGCUGGCACUCCUGCCGAAGGAGCCGGAGCCUCAGCAAGACCACCGGUACAUAUUGGAGUUUCUGGUCCUCCUAGCGCUACCAGUACCCCUCCAAUCGGCCACCCCACAACUCCUGGCCUUGCUCCACCACCGCGUCCUGCCACAGCAAUGAGCAAUGCUAGCAGCAUCGACGACUUGAUCGGCCCUGCGACCGGACGAAAGUCUGCGAAGCCUGGCAAGAAAGGACCAAAGUCGGGCAGAUACGUGGAUGUCAUGGCGCAGUAGAUAUCCGCCGGACGGAACGUGAGUAAAGAACUUCUGGGUUCAAUUUUCCAGGUGCCCAUCAAAAGAUGAUAUAGCUGUACAAUAAUUAUUUUGGUUGUUGAUGUGGACAUGUGCAUUUGAGAAUCAAGGCGGAUGCAGUUAUGACUGCAUGCUAUCACUUGCGAUGGGAUCAAAGACUCGGUGGUGGCUCCGGGAAUAUACUAUAGCUUAAUACUGUAACUUGGACCCUUUUCCAAUUCUCCAAUGAUACUGGAUCCGUUUCGGCUCUCAUCAAGAAGUGUCGAAAUGGCAUGCGUC